CUAUCUAUGUGUCAUGGUUCCACCAAUGUACUCGUUACUUUGGACCGAUUACAUGAGUACCGACCCAUCAUUAUUAUUAUAUUUAUGAUUUGUAUAAACUCUGAGUAAUGUCUUUUUUUGUGUUUAACAUAGUAUUUUAACAUAUUAAUUUGUUUAAUUCUUUCACCUUUCCUGUAAAGAUAUUCAUCUUUUAAAAUGUCUCUUUUUAGUGUGCUACCAGCUCCAUCACAGUUCCAAACAGAAGAAGGAAAUGAUGACACUAAUGAAGUUCUUACUGAAAAAACUGAUUUAUAUGAAAUUUAUGCUGUCAAAAUACCUCCUUAUGGUAAUCGUAUGGGAUGGGUUCCACGAAGUGUUGAGGAUUUCGGAGAUGGUGGCGCUUUUCCGGAAAUACAAAUUGCUCAAUUUCCCCUAAAUAUGGGAAAAGAAAACAAAGAAACUAUUUCAAAUGCUCUUGCUCUUCAAAUGACUUCAGAUGGUAAAGCAAAAUAUGACGUUAUAGCUCGUCAAGGUCAUAGAAAAGACAAAGUUAUUUAUUCUAAACUACAUGACAUGCUUCCAUCUGAAAUACUUAAUGAAGAUGAUUCUUCAUUACAAAAACCAAGCUUGGAGGAAGUUGCUAAAUUAACUGAGAAAACUAGAGCUGCCUUAGAAAAACUUACAAAUUCAAAAAUAUCGGCUGCAUUGCCUGUUCGAGCUGCAGACAAACCUGCUCCAGUUCAAUGGUUUCGCUAUACACCUACUGAACAAGGAAAAGAAUAUAAUUCAGGAUCCAAACAGCGUGUUAUUCGGUUAGUUGAGGCACAGAAGGAUCCAAUGGAACCACCCAAAUUCCAAAUAAAUAAGAAAAUUCCACGUGGUCCCCCAUCUCCUCCAGCUCCCUUGAUGCAUUCUCCUACUAGAAAAACAUCCGUAAAAGAACAAAAGGAAUGGAAAAUUCCACCUUGUAUUUCAAAUUGGAAAAAUUCUAAAGGUUAUACAAUCCCACUAGAUAAAAGAUUAGCAGCUGAUGGUCGUGGUCUUCAGCAAAACCAUAUAAAUGAAAAGUUUGCCAAGCUAGCUGAAGCACUAUAUAUUGCUGAUCGUAAAGCUCGCGAGGCAGUAGAAAUGAGAGCCCAGUUAGAAAAGAAAAUGGCUCAAAAAGAAAAAGAAAAGAAAGAGGAACAUCUUCGGGUUAUGGCACAAAAAGCUAGAGAAGAAAGAGCUGGAAUACGGCUACCUGGUGCAAAGAAUGACGAAUCCCGUGAACGUGAUCAAUUGCGUAUGGAGCGACAAAAAGAUAGGGCACGAGAUCGUAACCUUGCAAGAAAUGCUGACAGUCGAAAGAAUAAAGUACUUAGAGACCGUGAUGUCAGUGAACAGAUUGCUCUUGGUCUGCCAGCUAUAUCUAGAAAAACUGAAACUGAAUACGACACUCGAUUACUAAAUUCCACUUCUGGAAUAAAUACUGGAUUUAAGGAUGAUGAAGAAUAUGAUGUGUAUGACAAACCCUGGCAAGGGUCAUCUUUAGCACAUCAUAUUUACCGACCAACUGCCAAUAUUGAUGACACUUAUGGGGGUGAUUUGGACAAGAUUAAGACAAAUAGGUUUGUUCCAAAUAAGGAGUUCAGUGGAACUGAUCGUGAUUUUAAAACAAGUGGACGAUCUGGUCCCGUACAAUUUGAAAAACAUCAACAAGAAGAAGAUCCAUUUGGUUUGGAUCAGUUCUUAACACAAGCUAAGCAUGCAUCUAAACGAGCUCAACCUCAAAACGAUCGAGAAAAGCGUAGAAGAAGAGACUAAUUCAAUAUAUAUUAGUAUGCAUCAUGUUAAAUAACUUAUCUUUUAAAUCAGUAUGAUUUAUGGCCAUUUAUUAUUUAAAAUUUUUAUUUUUGUCUAUUACAAUCAUGUAACUGCUAAUAUAAUUUUUUUCAAAAUAGUA